CCACAGGAUGCAGUGCGUGAAGGUGCUUGGAGGGGUGGUGGGGGCCGCUGCCCUCUUGGGGCUGGGGAUCAUCCUGGGCCACUUUGCCAUCCCCAAGGGGACCGACUCGCCAGCCCCCAGUGUCUCAGUUCCCCAGGACCUGGACCUGGAGCUCCUUGAGACCGUCAUGGGACAGCUGGAUGCCAGCAGGAUCCGGGAGAACCUUAGAGAACUCUCCAAGGAGCCGCACCUGGCCACCACCCCCCGGGACGAGGCACUGGUGCAGCUGCUGCUGCAGCGGUGGCAGGACCCAGAGUCAGGCCUGGACUCAGCCGGGACCUCUGAGUACGAAGUGCUGCUGUCCUUCCCUAGCCAGGAACAGCCUAACCAUGUGGACGUUGUGGGGCCCACUGGGGACAUCAUCCACUCCUGCCGACGAAGCGAAGAGAACCUGACUGGGGAGCAGGGGGGGCCCAAUGUGGUGCCACCCUAUGCUGCCUAUGCUCCCCCCGGAAGCCCUCAGGGCCUCCUUGUCUAUGCCAACCAGGGCACGGAAGAAGACUUCAUGUGGCUAUCCAAUCAGGGAAUCCAGCUCCAAGACACCAUCGUUCUGACCCGCUAUGGGGGUAUAGGGCGCGGGGCCAAGGCUGUGAACGCCGCCCAGCACAGGGCGGCUGGGCUGCUGGUGUACACAGACCCCGGCGACAUCAACGAUGGGAAGAGCUUGCCAAAUGAAACCUUCCCGCACUCCUGGGGCCUGCCUCCCUCAGGGGUCGAACGAGGCUCCUACUUUGAGUAUUUUGGGGACCCCCUGACUCCUUACCUUCCAGCCAACCCCUCCUCCUUCCGCCUGGACCCUGCCAAUGUCUCCGGGUUUCCUCCAAUUCCCACUCAGCCCAUUGGCUUUGAGGAUGCAAAAGUCCUUCUCUGUAACCUCCAAGGAAUCUUGGCCCCAGCUGCCUGGCAGGGAGGAUUAGGCUGUGACUACAGAUUGGGGCCUGGCUUCCAGCCAUAUGGUAUCUUCCCAGCAGGCAGCCAGGUGAACAUGAGCAUCCACAACCGCCUGGAGCUGCGGAACUCCUCCAACGUCCUGGGGAUUAUCCGCGGGGCUGUGGAGCCUGACCGCUACGUGCUGUACGGAAACCACCGCGACAGCUGGGUACACGGGGCCGUGGACCCCAGCAGUGGCACUGCUGUGCUCCUGGAGCUCUCCCGCGUCCUGGGGACUCUGCUGAAGAAGGGCACCUGGCGACCCCGCAGAUCAGUAGUGUUUGCGAGCUGGGGGGCAGAGGAGUUUGGGCUCAUUGGCUCCACAGAAUUCACCGAGGAGUUCUUCAGCAAGCUGCAGGAGCGCACCGUGGCCUACAUCAACGUGGACAUCUCGGUGUUUGCCAAUGUCACCCUGAGGGCUCAGGGGACGCCCCCGGUCCAAAGUGUCAUCUUCUCUGCAACCAAACAGAUCCCCGCCCCAGGCACCAGCAGUCUCAGCAUCUACGACAACUGGAUCCGAUAUAGCAACCGUAGCAGCCCGGUGUACGGCUUAGUCCCCAGCCUGGGCACUCUGGGUGCUGGCAGCGACUACGCACCCUUCGUUCACUUCCUGGGCAUUUCCUCCAUGGACCUCGCCUACAACUAUGACCGGAGCAAGACCUCAGCCCGGAUCUACCCUACCUACCACACGGCCUUUGACACCUUUGAUUAUGUGGACAAGUUUGUGGACCCUGGCUUCAGCAGCCACCAGGCUGUGGCCCGGACGGCGGGAAGUGUGCUUCUCCGGCUCAGUGACAGCCUCUUCCUGCCUCUUAAUGUCAGUGACUACAGCGAGACCCUCCGCAGCUUCCUGCAGGCUGCUCAGCAGCAUCUCGGGGCCCUGUUGAAGCAACACAGCAUCAGCCUGGGACCUCUGGCGACUGCAGUGGAGAAGUUUGAGGGGGCAGCCACGGUGUUGGACCAACACAUAUCAACAACGCAGAAGGGCACCCCUGACCCCCUGCAGGUGCGGAUGCUCAAUGAUCAGCUGAUGCUCUUGGAACGCACCUUCCUGAACUCGCGAGCCUUCCCAGAGGAACGCUACUACAGCCACGUGCUCUGGGCACCUCGCACCGGCUCUGUAGCCACGUUCCCAGGCCUGUCCAAUGCCUGCUCCAGGGCCACGAACACAGGCGCUGGAUCUGCAGCCUGGGCUGAGGUGCAGAGGCAGCUCAGUAUCCUGGUGGCGGCCCUGGAGAACGCAGCAGCCACCCUGAGGCCCGUGGCUGACCUCUGACCCUCAUUCUUCAGCUCCUCCCAACCCUUUAUCUUAACCCCAGCCACUCCAGUUUCCUUUGAGUGUGUCCUCUGAUGCCAGAAGACAACGGAAUGGCAGGACUCUCUCAAACUUCUGAGGCAACAGCUCUGGGUCCCACCAGUGUGGUCACUUGAGGGGAGUGACAAGCCCCAGAUGAAAAUUUCCCUCAUCCUGGCUCUUGGUUGGCAGAGGGUGAACAGGAGACAAGGAUGGUGGGAAUGGCAAAACCACCAACUGCCCUUGGUAGUGGGUCGGUGAGGAUGGGAUGCAUAAUGCCAACCAAGACAUCAACUCAGAGACCACCAGAGGGGAACUGAGGCCCAGGGUGGGUAGGGCAUUGCCCAGUUUGGGUUCCUCUCCCCCCAUACCCCUAGCAAGUCUCAAUAUCCCCCUGCCCUCCCUCAAAUAAAUCAAGCCUAGCUAUUGUCCC